GACGAGAAUUUGAUGGAUAACUUUUCAGACUUUCUGACAAACCAAUAUUUCCUCUCGGGAUAGGCCUGUCCGUGCGUCGCGUGAGUGAAGUGAAACAGCGCCCUCUUCAUUGUGUUCGGCGUGUCUUUCGAUGAAGCCUUGACGCUUGAGUGGUUUGGAUGUCUUGGAGGAAGAGGCGAAGGUUGUUACAGGACAUGCAAUAUGGAAGGCUUCGGCACAAAAGCGCCAUCUUAGAGCCUCACAAGCCCUGAGACAUGACAUCAUGGCUUAGAGGUGCGCUCUUCUUGUUUGUGACGACGGCAUUGGUCCAGUGCCUGACCCAAGUCUUCAGUUGCCCUGCCCGGGGCUCUAAGUGCAUCUUUGAUGAGGUUCGGCCAAAGGCAUUGGGCAAGAACACCAUGGUCCACUACGACAGUGCGAGGGGCAAGCGCUCGGCCGGCGAUCUGUUCCGACCGAUCAGGAUCACGGCUAGCAUAGUGGACCUUGAGAAAGUUGUGGACACGACUGAUGUAGCGAGGAUGCGGACUAUCGUUGAUGGAGCAAUAUCUAUCAUCGGUAAAAUUCUCACAGUUGUCCCAGUGUCAGGUCCUCUGUUGAUGACCCGAUCUGACGAGGCAUGCUCCUGGACGUUUACCUCUGGCAUUAACAGCGGAAAAUGUGCUCAUAUUUCUCAAGGCUAUGUAGGAGAAAAAUGCUUGGAUGAUUUCCUGAUACCCGACGAGCAUCUGCAGGGCUUGUGGACCUGGAACUCCACUUAUCCGCAGCCAGUUCACCAGGUCUACCCUGACGGGCCAGGGCUGCCCGACACCGACACGGUGCUCUACGUCAAGGCAACACACACAAGUCAGUGCUCCUCAGGGCAAGUUGUGGCCUAUGCAUCCUACUGCAAGCUGGAUCAGAAUAACCGGCCUAUCGCCGGAGUUGUCAACUUCUGCCCCGAACAUCUGAAAGAUGAUUUGUAUGACGAGCAAAAAUUUAUUCUGCUUGCUGUCCACGAAAUCUUCCACGUCUUGGGCUUCUCCUCCUCUUUGUUCAACAAAUUCAAGGAGUGCUCUGAAUCUGCCAAUGGUCUGAAUUGUAUCGAUCGGUGUACAACCACUGGUACAGACUCCCAAGGCACAUCUCGUCUUAUCACUCCUGCUGUCACUGCACACGCUCAGAAGCACUUUGAUUGUCCCGAGUCUGGAUUCGGUGGUCCACUUGAGAAUCAGCAGGCAGAUGAUGGCAUCUCGUCCCACUGGGAGACCAGAAUGAUGUAUGGAUCCAUCAUGGCUCCCAUCAUAGACCAGCCCCAUCAGACGUUCCUAGAUAACUUGACCCUGGCAGUGUUUGAAGAUUCAGGCUGGUACCGAGUGAAUUACGAGUAUGCGGAGGAGAUGCCUUGGGGCAGAAACCAAGGCUGCGAGUUCGGGAGGGAGUCUAGGUGCCAGACAGCAGCAGACACGUUCUUCUGCAAUGGCAGCUCCUUGGGUUGUCACUAUCUUCAUAGGGAUAAGGCAACGUGCUCCAGCAAUGAUUACUUGGAGGAGUGCAGGGUCAUGAAGGGUAAUAUUCAGGAUUACUGUUCAGUGGCAAGUGAUGGAUCUCCUUCGGUCCGUGGUGAAGUUUUUCAUGAAGACAGCAGAUGCUUUGUCAGUAGUGCAAUCAGCAUUGAGAGCAGGGUGGAUCCGUGUGAUUUCCAAGGUGUUUGCUACCUUACACGGUGUAACAAUGACUCCAGGUCAUAUGAGGUCAAAGUAGGCGAGGCAGACUGGUUAUCUUGUCCUGACAACACGACCAUCACUAUCCCAGGUUACCACGGAACGGUGCAAUGCCCAUCGACAGAGAUCAUCUGUCGACAGAAGACUUCAAUUCUUGAUCUAGUGGAUGCGGUGUGCGAUUCCUGCACCACCAUUACUGGACCAACACCCCAAGGACCCGACACUACCCCCGCGCAGCCAGUGGAACAUGCCCUGUGUGUAAGCCUGGAGAUCGGGGAGAUAGACUUUUCCAUUUUGGAUGGGGAAGAGCAAAUGCAUGUCUUCAGUGAGGCCGUUGUCAAAGGCAUCUGUGACAUCACAGAAAUACAUGAGAGCCGUAUUCAUGUUAAGAGACUGAGCGCAGGAAGCUCGCCCCUUGAACAAGGGGUGAACUUAGUGUGUGUGACCUUUGACAUUGCUGAGGCAGAGGAGAGCAGUGACAUUCCUGCCUACGUGGCCUAUUGGAAUCUGGAGGAAGCAGUUUUCUCUAACCAGAUGCAAGUAAAGUACUUGGACAUGAACUACACUGCUGUCAGCAUCCGACUCCUCAGUGGCGAGGAGCCUACAUCCCCUCAACCCCAGAGCCCAGCAGUUGUCUCAGAGAGUGACGUGAGCACCUGGAUUGCCUUGGGGGCAUGUCUCGCCCUGCUUGUCGUGGUAGUUGUCGUGGGUUGUGCCUGUCACAAGGCAAAGCGCAAUAAUGCCGUCGGCCCCUCUGAUGGGGACGCGGCUGGUGAGACACCAGCCGAACGGAUACCAGGUAUGGUCUACGUGGUCAAAGAAAAGACGGUUACCAAGUUAUGAGUACCGUAUAUGUGGUGUCACCCAAAUAGUGGCUUCAUACUAUUUAAAAGAUCUGUACUUUUUCCUUGUAGCAUUUAAAAGAACUUUAUGCUGUCCAGAGAAAAUCAGCCAGAGUUAUCCAAAGGCAUUUUCCAGUGUUCAUUAAUACCCCCAAUCUCCCAAGCUACUCAGAGCAGGGAAUUCCUUCUUGUAAUACCCUGAUUGGGGCUUGGUUUUUUCCCCCGAAGUUUUAGUAAUGUGUCACCCACUAUUCCAAAACCGGGUUGGAGAAUGAUUCUUGUUUCAUCGGACCGUUCCCACUGGAACGCUGGCGUUCCCUCGGAACGUGCCCACAUCGCAGGCAUGUUCCAGACUAUUCCAGGCAACGUUUCGUUGGGAACGCGAGUUCCCAGUGGAACAGUCCUGCAGUUACAUUUGCAAUCAGGAAGAAAGAUUUCUGGCAUUCAUUUUCUUGACCCUGAGUCUGAAGGAUGGCAGCUGAAAUGUAGCAUUUUGUGAUUUACUCCUCAUGAAGGUUAACAUUUCUCCCGUGUUUCAUUUCCUUAUUCACCAUGGCAUAGCUUGCCAUGCCAUGACUCUAGAGUAUAUCUGGAUACCGUUAAUUUUAUCGUGUUACCGUUAGUGUUUCGUUCAUUGUCAGGUUUGCAUGAUGGAGGGUUUUAUCAUCGCAAUGUUUCUAUGCGUAAACAUACCAUCAUAUCAGAAACAAUUUAAAACCUAACCUGUAAUUGAAGGGGUGAAGGGUGAGGUCUUCAAGUAUCACGGAAAAGGUUGAACGACAUGACUAAGGCAAUUAAGCUCGAUGUUGGUAUUGCAGCCUAUAACCCGGUGAUUCACACACCGACAUAUACAUGUACUCUGCAUGAAGUCAGCACGUAGUGAUUUUCACUUUUAUAUCGCAGUUAGAAACAAAAUUUCCAUCAUCACAUUAACAAAUUUUACUACCUCACAUUUCCAUCUUCAGUUUACUUCCAAUUCUUAUUGAAAUGAGGCCUAUCAUAAAAGUAAAGUAAAUUACCUACGCUCGUUUGACAUGGCAGGCUCCGUUUUUGGACAUUGGCUAAGGAAAGAUUUGUACAUGGGUGAUACCCGAAUGGAGAUGUUUCAGUGGGAACGGGUGUUCCCAUUGAACCAUUCUCACACGGGAACACAGCAAUUUGUGUGGAACGCCGCGUUCCCAACGGAACGGCCGACCAUUCCGAAUGAGAACACUGUGUUCCAAUGGGAACGUUCCGACCAUUCCAAAUUUUGAGACACUCCCUUAGCCAUGUGGACGAUGAUACCAAUAUUCACAUGCACAGUUAUGACCACGACAGUGGACAUUCUGCCAACUUUCACUGCCGUGACGACCAAAGCUCGCUGCAGAGUAUGUUCAUUUUCUUUGGGUCAUUCUGGAGUAUGGAAAUUAUAAAAUGGCAGUAAGGACUCCUGUCCAACAUCCAAAUUUUCUACUCCAGCCUGGCUUUGGAAUAGUGGGUUGUGUUUAUAGUUUGUUAGCAUCAUGCAUGCGAGGAAACCUAACCUGUGUACAUAAAACUUGAGGCAGGAGUGACUGAGAAAAUUGCUUUGAUGCCUGCUUGGAAAAUGGCUGAAAUUAGUGUAAAAUAGAUAAAGCAAAAUCAAAAAGAAAGAACAGAAUUCUGGUGCUUCCAAAAAGGGUCUGGCAUUGAAGAAUUGAAAAACUGCUUCCUGUCAAGCCAAGAAGUCAACUCCUUCAAUUCGGCUAUGUAUGACUGAGGCUAAGUACUUAUAUAUCCAGCUGGGUUCUUGUUGGCCAUGGCACUGGCCGAAGUCACUUGUUAGCUGGGAUGUUUUAUGAGCAAAGGUGUGUUGACUGAACCUUUCUUUAGUCCUCGUCAUAAAGACGUGGUACAUCGCAACUCUUGGUGAUAUAUUUUUUCAUUCUACAUUUGUUGUAGUCCUCCAAACUUUGCAAAAACUUUGUAAAACCUGUGCUUGGUAAGUCUAUGAGUGGUGAUAAUCAAUAAGGUCAUUGAUAUUUUGAUGUCCCUGACUAUGGCAUCAUCUCCAGCAACAGUGCAGUGGGAAUGGUCCAACUAUCAUUGGCAAAUUUGUAUAGAAAAUGUCUCAACCAUUUCCAUGUUUUUGUGGCUCAAGCCCAACAGAAUUCGUCCAGAAUAUUCCAUUGUGGCAUUUUGACUAGCUUCUGCUUGCACGAGUCACAAAAGAGAGAUGACAAUGUCACAUGCUAAAGAACACUCUGGCACUCAAUGAUAUAGUUUGGCCAGCCCAGCUAUUGCUCUAUAGUUGGUUGGGACCCAAGUAUAGAGACCCUCAUUGGGGACUUGGAGUGUAACAAUAUAACAACGGGGCAUAAUAAUAUUAAACUGCCCACUCUCUAAUUUUAAGAUGGCAUUUUGAAAUAUUUUGGCUUGACGUGACCAAUGAAUAUUUGUGUGUGUACUGACAGUCUUUGCAUCUCUGAUGUUUGUUUGAAACUCAUUUACAGUAUUUAUGAUACUCGAUGCAGAAAUGCGCUCUGAAUCCACAGAAUUAUGUAAAUAUAAUCAUACUGAAGUUUUAUUUUUGUUUUACUUGUUUAGUUUUGAUAUCAGUCAGUUCAAGCCAACUGUAGAUUUUUAUUGUACAUGUAAAUGAACGUAGUAUGCAUUAUUCAUAAACCAAUGUGCCUUGAUAUUUGGCAACAGUAUUCAUAUUUUCCCACUUCUGAAACCUGUAUUCUGUUUCUAUUUUCAGUUUGAUUCAUUUCUAAAAGGAAAUGUAUAUACAUGUAUAUAAUUUGGAUUAGGAGUAAAUGACCUAAUUGGCUUUAUUUUUAUCUGUAAAGAAGUGAAUACUGUUUUGGUUUUUUUCCCCUCCAAAACCAUUUUCCCAUUCUUUCAGUUUACGAUAACCCUUUCAUUUUGCAAUUUCAUUGUUAUCAGGCCUUAGCAUCUUCCAAUCCUUUCUGCA